AUGGCAGUUUCAGCUCCCCCUGCUGGGGUUCUGGGAAUGGGGCCUGACCCGAAUUGGAUCGAUAAUUUCACGACCUGCAUCUUCAAACAGGACUACGACACAGCGCGAGAGGUGCUGCGAUCUGCCAUAGCACGCGGUGCCAGCACACAUCUUGCGGAGCAGUAUGCUAAGGUGCUUGAAGAGUUCUUGACGAAGCGCGAUGAGGUUGAAAACCCCGUGGCUCUUGCUCGCUUUGAGGAGUGUGUGGUUCGCGAAACCAGCAGUGGGCAAGGUCGCGGCUUAUACGUUCCAAGCUACCAGACUUGGGGUGCCCAACUUUGGAAGGAAAGGCCUCUUGCGUAUAUACAGUCGCCAGGAAGCCGCAAGUGCGUGCAGGUUUGCUGCGCGUGCCUGGUACCUGUAGGCAGCUUAGCCUCGCAAUUGAAGUACAUGAAUCUGGAGCCACCGCCUGGAUCCGAAAAGAUCCUUCUCUCAACAUAUCCCGACGAAGUGUGCCCGGACGGCUUUUGCCCCGGUCAAGUCAUCGCGUGUGACGGCAACGACUGCUCAGAAGUCUUUUGCAGCCAGUCUUGUCGCAGCUGGGCGCUUUCGGAGUCCUCCCACGCCAUCCUUUGCAAGGGCCGUCUUGGUCCAAAAAGCUGGUCCGCUCUACAAAGCCUGGAGCUUCUGGCGAUCGAAACAGACUCAGAGCAUCUGCUAUUGCUGGCGCACCAUGUGGCAUGCAUGACGCUGGCCAGAAGAUCUGGCCAGUCCUUGGAAGCCGUCAAAGAUCGCUUUGCCUCUCAAUUCGCUUCAGCUCCAUGGGAUAGCCUUGCAGGGGCGGACGACAGCGAUACGCCGGAAGAGAGGAGGCGAUGCAUGUCCUGCGCCAUCCCUCUCCUCGAGACGAUCUUUGAGGCUGAGGACUUGGCAUCGGGCUUGUUGGACAGCGAGCUCUUGAGCAACAUACUUGGAACCUUUGAGCUGGUGAACAUGUGCAUCAGCCUCCCACAUCCUCUCAACAGCCACGCCGAUGUGGCAGACUACCUGACUGAGGAGCUGGCAGAGGCUCUUGCUAAAAUGCAGGAGCCUCUGCAAAGCGACUCAGAGUCCGAGCCAGAGACAGAACAACCCACAAGUCCCUGGGCUUCCGCGCGACAGGGACAGCUUUUUGAGAAUAUUAUUGGCACUGCUCUGUGCGAGGCUUUGGCCUUCACGAACCACUCUUGCCUUCCGAACUGUCGCAUCGAGUUUGCGACGGCGAGCCAGCCAGAAGCAAAGGGUCCAGGACUUUGGCUGUACUCCGUCACUCGCCGACCCCUGGUGCCCGGUGACGAAGUGUUGAUGGCCUAUGUGCCGUCUGUGGUGGGACAGCCGCUUCAGGUGCGGCAGCGGAAGAUGCAGAAGUUUGGCUUUACUUGUCACUGCCGAACCUGUGAGACAGAUAGGGUGCUGGAGAGUGAGCCCGUGCCAGUUGUCACGAGCUCGGGAUAUCCGCAGCCAUGA